AUGUUUCUUCUAAGCUUUGGCCUGACCAUCGCUCUGGCCGACCAGUUUGACCCCCAUAGUUAUGACUGGGGCGACGUGAUUACAAAGGACAUUGCGAUUGUCGGUGGUGGCUCUACUGGGACGUACGCAGCGAUUAAUCUCCUCGACAUGGGCCAGAAGGUGGUUGUGGUGGAACGAGAGUCAGUCUUGGGAGGCCACACCAGCAUUUAUACCGAUGUCCAGACGAACACCAAGAUCGACUACGGGGUGCAAUCCUUCUCUAAUAUCUCCGUUGUCCGGGAUUUUUUCGCCCGUUUUCACGUCCCCCUGACCAGAUUCUCGCUCAAUGCGUCCGUCAUAUACGCUGAUUUCGAAUCCGGCGAGUUAUUUCCGAAGUUUGCGCCCAGUUACGACUUCGACGCAUAUCAAACUCAACUGAAGAAAUAUCCGUACCUCCCCAUCAGCUGGGAUCUACCUGUCCCUGUUCCAGAGGAUCUGCUCCUAUCAUUCGGGGAAUUCCUCAAUAAAUAUUCUUUGCAGGACAUAGCAUAUGCUGUUUGGUCCAGCGCACGGGGAUCCGGAGACAUCCUACGCCAGCCAGCGGUCUAUAUACUCAAGGCAGUGGAUGAACCGUACAUCGAAGGGUUGUCGCAAGGCACUCUGACCACGGCCAAUCACAAUAACUACGAGCUCUAUGAAAAAGCCUUACAGGAACUUGGACCCGACGCGAUUGUCUCUUCCACCGUCACUGCGGCACAGCGAUCAACAGAUGGGGUAAGACUAGUUGUAGAGACCCCCAGCGGAAAGAAGCUCAUUUUAGCCUCAAAAUUACUUGUCAGUAUCCCGCCAGAUCUCGAAAAUAUGGGACCUUUCGAUCUUGAUGACCGCGAGAAGGGCCUCUUUCAGAAAUUCAACAACUGUGCUUGGUACAUCGCCGUGGUCACCAACACUGGUUUUCCUGCUGGCUACCGAUUCCAAAACAUUGGCACGAGCAAUGACACUUAUCGCAUUCCUCGGCUUCCUGCAAUAUACAGCAUCAACCCGUCGGUGGUAGAUGGGAUCUUUUACGUCUGGUAUGGUGCCUCCCAGGCUGUCGCAGAAGCCGAUGUCAAAACGGACAUUUCUACAGCCAUUGAGCGUCUAUCCCGGGGGAUUGGCAAGUCCAACGAACGAAAGCAGAAAGUACAAUUCUUAGUUUACAAGAGUCACACUCCUUUCCAACUCGUGGUGUCUGCCGAAGACAUCGAUGACGGCUUUUAUCGGGAGCUUCAGGGGCUGCAAGGACACCGAAGCACUUGGUACACCGGAGCGGCGUUUCUUUCACAUCAUGCCGGUCAGUUGUGGAAUUUUACCCAGGCUCUGUUGCCUAGCCUUGCUGCUUAA